AUGAAUAAUUGUGUUUUUAUAAUUUUCUCAUAUCUCUUACUAUUCAUUGUGACUACAACUGCCAGCCAAUUGGUAGCAGUGGGAGAAGGAGGUGAUGAUACUAAUAAUGGUGUUAUGAAAAAAAAGUGUUGGGAUAAGGAGAGAGAUGCUCUCCUUCUUUUCAAAGCUCCCCUUCAAGAUAACCCCAUUGAUACUCUCUCUACAUGGACAGAAGAAGAUGAUGAAUGCUGUAAAUGGAGUGGAGUAAUUUGUAGCAACCCAACCGGUCAUGUCACAGGGCUUGAUAUCAAAGGCUAUGAUCUCAGAGGUGAGAUUAGCCGUUCAUUGCUAAACUUAACCUACUUGGAUUAUCUUGACCUUUUCUACAAUUCUUUACAUGGAACCAUUCCCACUUUCAUUGGUUCUUUGACUCGAUUAAGAUAUCUUGAUCUUUCUUACAAUAAUCUUAAUGGAACCAUUCCCAGGUCCAUUGGUUCCUUGUCUGAAUUAAGGCACCUCAACCUCGGCCGCAAUAAUCUUAAUGGAACCAUUCCCACCUACAUUGGUUCCAUGACUCGGUUAAGGCACCUUGAUCUUUCAUCUAACUCUCUUUAUGGAACCAUACCUCCAGAGUUUGGAAACCUCACCAACUUGCAACAACUUAACCUUAGAUCUGAUAAUGGAGGAUUUAGAGUUGAAAACAUAGAGUGGUUAUCUCAUCUCUCUCAUUUGGAGGAACUUUAUAUGGAUGGGAUUUCCCUCUCCAAACAAAAUCACUGGGUAAAUGUAAUUCUGAGUCUCCCAAAACUAUCAAUUUUAAGUUUACAGGGGUGUGAGCUGUCACAGGUCAUGUAUCCAUAUUCUUCAUUUCUCAACUCUUCUUCUUCAUCUAUUGAGUCCCUUUAUCUCGUAAACAACAGUCUCACCUCAUCCAUGUAUCGUUGGUUGUUCCCAUUGACAAGCAAUAAGCUUCACGAACUUUCUCUCUCUUACAACAUGUUAGAUGGAAUACCCAAGUAUCUUGGUAACCUCUGUAGUUUGGAAACUUUGUACUUUGAUAAUAACUCUGCUGUUGUCAAAUUUCCUGAUUUUCUCAACAACUUGUCUGGAUGCACAUCCAAUGCAUUAAAACGCUUGUCUGCUUCCUAUAACCAAUUUACAGGGUCAUUGUCCCGUGAGAUCCGAAAGUUUUCAUCCCUAGAACACUUGGAUUUAUCUAAUAAUCUGUUAAAUGGAAAUAUACAUGAUCUUUUCGAUACUGGAAUUUCAGACACAACUCCUCAGGAGUUUGCAUACAUGUGGCCUUCUCAAUUAAAAUAUCUGAAUCUCUCUUCCAACAACAUUAGCGGUAAAGUACCAGAUUUAUCAUCAAAUUUUGCCAACCGUUCAGUGAUUGAUUUGAGUUCAAACAGCUUUUCUGGUCCAGUGCCGAAUGUUCCUUCCACUUUGUCAUCACUAAAUCUUUCCAAAAACAAAUUCUCUGGGGGAAUCUCAUUUAUAUGCCAAAUAGUUGAUGGUUUCCUAUCAUUUCUUGACCUCUCUCAUAACUCAUUAAGCGGAAAACUCCCGGAUUGUUUAUGGCAUUUCAAACACCUCGAAGUUCUUAAUCUUGGACACAACAAUCUCUUUGGAAGGCUUCCUCCCUCUAUCGGAUCUUUGAUAGAACUCAAGGUGUUGUAUUUAUACAAGAACGACUUCUCUGGAGACUUGCCUUUGCCUUUAAAGAAUUGCACAAGUUUAAUCUCAUUGAAUUUGGGGGCCAACAAGUUUUCGGGUAAUGUGCCUGUCUCAAUUGGGGAAAACUUAACAGGGUUGUAUGUUCUUAUUCUAAGAUCAAACAACUUCUUUGGAACCAUCCCUUUACAGUUAUGUCAAUUAGCAAAUCUUCAAAUUCUCGACCUGUCAUUGAACAACCUCCAUGGAACCAUCCCAUCAUGUCUGAGUAAUCUUACGAGGAUGGUUCAACCAGGAUUCACACAAGAUGCAGAAUAUUACAGAUUUAUAACCGAUCGUUUAUAUAGAGUGGAGACAUAUGUUGACCACGCAAUGAUUAAGUGGCAAGGAGAUGAACGUGAAUUCAUUAGCACUCUGAAAUUGUUGAAGAUCAUUGACCUGUCAAGCAACAAUUUAACAGGACAAAUGCCAUAUGAAAUUACCAAUCUUUAUGACUUGAUUGCUCUGAACUUGUCAAAGAACGCUCUAUCUGGAGAGAUUCCACAGAAAAUUGGUGAGAUAAAAAACCUUUUGACUUUGGAUUUAUCUAGAAACCGUUUUUCAGGGAGGAUACCAUCAAGCAUGUCUCAGAUGAGUUUACUGAAUGACCUAGACUUGUCAUUUAAUAACUUGUCUGGGAGAAUCCCAAUCAGCACUCAACUUCAAUCCUUUCAACCUUCAAGAUACAAUGGAAAUGCACGUCUAUGUGGACCUCCCCUUACCAAAAGUUGUCCUGGAGAUGAAGAAUCAAAAGCACCACCUCUUAUUGGUAAAAGUGAGGGCGAUGAGGAAGACAUAGAUGAACUCUGGGGAUGGUUUUAUAUUGGUGGGGGAAUGGGUUUUGCUACUGGAUUUUGGAUAAAAAUGCCACCGCGCAAAUCUAACAGACGUUUCAACAACACAACAACAACACCGCCACCACCACCACCGCCACCACCCACACCGAUGGAUAUUGUUGUCUUUCAAGUUGCUAUAACAGCUGAUGUAACCGCUGCCAUAGCAUAG